GCCUCUGUCCGGAACGCUAAGGCGAAUACAUAUCGGGAUUGAAUUGUCAACUUAGCUAGGGACUCGUCUUGACUCGACCCCAAGCUUUCGGAAUACAUACCAUCGAAGGAAACAACGCUUCUCGCUCGUCAUUCCAAUGCGGCCGCAACGGGAAUACCAUAUCGUCGUGUUAGGCGCUGGAGGUGUGGGAAAGAGCUGUCUGACUGCUCAAUUCGUCCAAAAUGUCUGGAUUGAGAGCUACGAUCCCACAAUUGAAGAUUCAUACCGGAAACAAAUCGAGGUGGACGGCCGACAAUGCAUCCUAGAAAUUCUGGAUACCGCAGGAACGGAACAGUUCACGGCCAUGAGAGAAUUGUACAUGAAACAAGGCCAAGGGUUUCUCCUCGUAUUCUCCAUCACCAGCAUGUCGUCACUGAACGAGUUAUCUGAACUACGAGAACAAAUCAUUCGCAUCAAGGACGACGAGAAAGUCCCCAUUGUCAUUGUGGGAAACAAGUCGGAUCUAGAAGAGGACCGUGCGGUGCCUCGUGCUCGCGCAUUCGCCCUCUCGCAGAGCUGGGGAAACGCCCCCUACUACGAGACCUCGGCCCGCCGCCGAGCCAACGUCAACGAGGUGUUCAUCGACCUCUGCCGACAAAUCAUUCGAAAAGAUCUGCAGGGCAGCUCGUCGAAGAGCGGCGGCGACAGCCAACCACGCAAGCGGGAAGGAACCAACCGACCCGAGAAAAAGAAGGACAGAAAACGUCCAGCUCGACGGAGGGGACCGUGCGUGAUCCUCUAGAUUUGAACGGUCUUCGAUGAAGAGAAAGUCCAACGACGAAGGAAAAAAAGCGACCAAGAUGUGAAUCGAGCGACGCGCAUCUACUUUCGCCUCCACAUUUCAUGAUCAGGAGGGUCUGCCUUUGAUCCCCCUUUGGCUGCGGCCACGAGAACAAGGGUUUCCCACUCCUACCUCUGCACAUACCCAAUCCUGUCAGAUUAUAAUAUCAUAUUUCUUGCCUUCUCUGGCCAUGUUAUCAUACGCUGUCAACGUCCACGUGUUCCAACGAUAGAUAUAUGUACCCUUUCUGUUUUUUUU